CCCACGUUGGGCACAAACUCGUUCCUCUCAUGUCUGCUCGUGAUCCUUCGCUGAGAAGACGCCUAAAGCAUCAUUAUGAGUAUCUCGUCAACGAACUCAUGAUCUCCAACUACUUGGGCCUGCUCUUUUCCGCAGACGUCAUUUCGAUGAGAGAAAUGGAAACGCUGAGAGAAAUGAGGGUCAGACACGAACAGACGACACGCUUCAUAGACGAUCUCUUGCGCAAAUCGGACGAUCAGAUCGCAAAGUUCCUGGAAAUUGUACAAACAAAGUCAGACGCUCAGCCACACAUCUACGAGACCGUCAUGUCUGGUGACAUACCCGACAGACAGACAGCUAAGUCAUUUAUCGAACUAGAAUCACGUCUCCAGGAGCAACCAACAUCAGCCUCAUUGGAUCCAGCGUUUGAUUUUAGGUCACGUGACCCGAGAGAAUCCUACGGAAGCUACGACACAACUCUUAGUGAGACCGGGAGUGAGACGGGUGUUGAAAAUAGAGAACCCGUGAACUACUCGACUGCCGUCGAAGCUUUGAUCAAAAAUCCUCCCCAUGAGUGUAUUUUGGAAGUUGCUCGUCUUCUCGACAAACCCGAUGAAAUGGGCGACGACUGGCGGCGUCUAUGGUCUGUACUGAUUAACAGACCUCUCAAUGAAUCGAUGGUUAGGGCCAGGAGGGAAGGACCGACUUGUUUUGUGUUAAGUCGUUGGUGCCAAAUGAAGCCAACGUCUCAAGCAACCGUUGAACGUUUGAUUGAAGCACUAAAUGACAUCUUCAGAAACGAUGUGGCAAGAUGUCUUGAAGAGUAUUGUCAGGUUGCUCAGACUAAGAGUCGUUUUAGAAAUAGAGAUUGCUCCUCACUUAGCAGUCUUGAUCAAACUUCUAUGAGUAGUUAUGGUGGAAGAGAGGAAGAGAGGAGAUGCAGUGAUUCUAACUUUGAUACGGCAGGACACUCCAUAGUGCAACUCACACCUAGACAUGUGGCUCAAUUUGCUGAAGACAUGAUAUUUGCCAUGCGGGCUGGUCGUCUAUCAGGUGGUUGGCUGCAACAGUCAGUGGAUAUUCCGACUGCCGUUCACUUGGAAGUGUCUCGUCUAGUUGCAAGCAGAUCCUUCACGUUUGCCGACUUGCUGGGCGUUACUGAACGUGAGCUGAUGGACAAACCAAAGACAGACAUUCCGUCUCAAACGGUCGUCAACAUCAUACACAUAUGGAUCGAUAAAAACCCGGACAAUGCAAAGUUGGAGAGACUACUCGCAGCCGUGGACGGAAUGGGCUUGUUUGGAUCAUUGAAGAGUAUUCUUCAACGUAAGAUUCAGGGAUCCCAGUAAACAAAAGUAAUGUGUCUAACGCGCGUUAACAUACUUGCGUGACUGCGUCACGGAUUAGCUUUGUAUACAAGCUGUUUGAAGGUACCUUUUACUUUGUAGCUUUUCUAACCUUUUGUCAUUAUUAAAUGACUCACCAAUGUUGGUAGGCCGAUAAACUGCAUUUUCUGUGUAGUUGAGCAGGAAUCAGUUCUCAAAUAUAUUGAUGUAGUUGACUACAUGAGA